AUUGAGUAAUGAGAGACGAAAGAGUGUGGGAGCUGUGUGCGAACGUAUACGUUGGAAAUGCUGGAAAUUAAAUAGUGGUGAGCCAGAGUUGAUUGGAGGUGGUGCACUGAGUUUCAAUGUGUAAAUAGGAGAUAUAGGCACAAAUAAAAUAAAAGAUCAAGAAGAGGUGCGAUUAGGGAAAAAGUGCUAGAGCUGUGAGUACUUUUAGAUUAGUCGACAUGAACGGAGGUCGUUCAAGGAUCUCACAUAAAAUCGAACUUCUCGUGCAAAAAGUGUCACACCGUUUUGAGACUUCAGCUCGGGAAGCACAGCUCAUAGGCCCGCGAGGUAUAUUCUAAAGUGUUCGCAUUUUUAGUUAAUUGGAUUUUCUCUGGUGCUCCCCCAAAGUAGAGAGAGCUCAAUUUGGAAUUUGCGCAGGAGGGCAAAAUUCAAGCGAAAGGAUUAAGAAACGCAAUUGACAGGAAGUGUCAUUUGAGCUGUCAAGACGAAGAGUGCUCCGGAUAUGGUUGUGCACACAAGAGGAUAUAGUAAAGUGUAGUAGUCCCAUUAGGGUAGAAUUCCACAAUUUUUUGUUGUUGUUGUGUUCCUGGUGCAAGAGCUCCCCAGUGCCAUUUUCUCAUGAACGUGUUCUGUGCGGAAGUAUUUCGUAAUCAGGCACAGAGAUAAAUCUGUGCAAGAGACCAAAAAUUCCAUCGCGACCUCCACUCGCAAAGCGUGUCACAUUCAAGCGAGUUCUCGCGCAAGAAGUUUCGCAGCAUUCAAUCUUGUCGUUCACUCUACUCCCACCGUGAGCUCCACCAAGCAGCAGUAUCUCCAGGAAAAACAAUUGUGAGGAUUGUUGUCUGGAGUUGCAAAGCUAGUAGCUUUAAACAUCUGGUAAAUCCCAAAGAGUGACCGUCAGAAGGCCGGAAGCUGGUAGAAUUGUGAGCAAAAAUUUACCUAUAUAGCAACAAAAAAAGUUGUGUCUGUCUCACCCGGAAGAAGGCGACAAAAUUCUUGGAGUCACGCAGCGAAGAAUUAGAACCUCUCAACAUGGUGCUGAUGAAUUGAAUCAUUUUUGUGGAUUUUUUUUGUGAGAGGGUGUUUCGAUGAAAACGGAGAUUCAUCAGAGGAUUAAUGGACAAUGAUAAGUGAGAGUAUCAAAAAAUGGUUGUCUAUCAGCAGUACCGGACAGUGAGAUUUGGUCUGGUUUUGGGCAUUGUGGUGCUCACUGUAUUCCUCUACAUUUCAUACUAUACAAACCCCAUUGAGCCACCCUAUACGAAGCACCAUCUGGCAUCACCUGCCAUUGAGAAUCUCCCGCAGAAUGCUGCACCCCUUGUUAGUGGGGUUGGUUAUGAGAAUUUCACCGGCAAUGCUGGGAAUAGGAGUGCUGAAAAAUUCAUUGCAGUCUUCACGCGAAAUGAGAGUAAAGUUGAGCUUGAACGAUCACCCUCAGCUGAUGAGGAGACUCCAGGGGGGAGAAUGGUGGUGGCAGAACAGGAGGCACCUGUAGCUGUACCAAAUCAACCAUCAUCAUCAGCAGCGUACUCACCACCAGUUGUGGCAACUGGUAGCCAAAAUAGUUUUAAGGAGAGUGUGAAAGUAGAUGAGCGAAUACCACCAUCAGGGUUACUCCACGGGUCACUGCUGAGGUUUUCCUCUCAAGGAGCAUCAGCCGUGGAGAAUACACCGCCAAAGACUUCCGCCUCUAGUGCUAAUGAAGUUACAAAGACCAAUACAACAGCCGUGGCAAGAGGUCACCUGGAUCCGGCACAAGGUAUCCGGACGAGUGAACUGUACGAGAGUGGCCAUUCGGAACCAAAUGCCGAGCUGUGCCCGGCCAUGGGUGAGAAUGUGCGACUCCUCAUACUUGUGACGUCGGCACCAUCACACUACGACGCCCGGAUGGCAAUACGGCACACAUGGGGGCACUAUGCGAUGCGCCGGGAUACGGCGGUGGCAUUCUUCCUGGGAUCGACGGGCGAUCAAGCGACGGAGGAGCAAUUAAUGGCUGAAAAUACUCUGUUUGGUGACUUGAUACAGGGACGCUUUGUGGACAGCUACAAUAAUCUCACACUGAAGACAAUCUCAAUGCUGGAGUGGGUGGACACGUACUGCCCGCAGGUGUCCUUUGUCCUCAAGACUGAUGACGAUAUGUUCAUAAAUGUGCCGAAAUUGAUGCAAUUCAUGGAGAAGCACAACCGCGACAAGCGACACAUCUACGGGCGCUUGGCGAAGAAGUGGAAACCAAUUAGGAAUAAGAAGAGCAAAUACUACGUAUCACCCAAUCAAUAUUUGCCAAAGUACUUCCCUGACUUCACGACGGGACCUGCCUAUCUCAUGACAUCGGACGUCAUUCAUGAUCUGUAUGAGAAAUCUCUGGAGCAGACGUACCUCAAGCUCGAGGAUGUCUACACGACGGGUAUUGUGGCGCAACUUGUAAAAGUGAAGCGUGUCCAUGUCACGGAAUUCCUCAAUCGCCGUAUUGCUUUCAAUGCGUGCAACAUAAAGAAGGCAAUUAGUGUGCAUAUGGUCAAGGGGCAGGAGCAGUAUGAUCUGUGGAAGAAGCUCAUGGAUACGAAUCUCAAGUGUAAAUAGCACGAGGAGCAGCAGCGUAUGCAUUUGAGAUUGCAAAUCCAAAAGACGUCCAAGGUAAGGCCACUCAAUGUGUUGAUGACGCAGGACUUUCGCAAGGGGGUACCGCGUGGGGAGGAAAGGAUACUAGUCAGAAAGAUAAUUCUCAGAAGACAGUGAAGAGAUUCAACCUCGCAUUUCUUGGGGGAUUUCGCUUAUCUCUCUCUCUCUCUCUCACUCUCUGUGGUUCAGUUUUUUUUCUUCAGCGACUGCUUCUAAUGGGCAUUUUUUUCGGGGGUUAUUUAUUGCAUAGUGAAGAAGAGAAUGGAAAUGUGUAUAAAAUACAGUGGUGGGCAUAAAAAUUUUGAGAUAUACACACAUAUUUUUGAGAUAAAGAUUUUUUUUCUUGUGAUUCAGUUUUUUAAUAAAAAAUUUUGUUUUGUAUUGAAAAUUAAGACAUUUUACUUAAAGAAAUGCAAAGAAUUCUUUAAUAUUUAGGAAAAAGAAGUGAAAUAUUGAAUGUAGUAUGCAAAUUUUCAGUUAGGAUUCCUAAAAUUUCAAUUGAAUCCUGAAAUUAUCUCUUAAAACUGAAAUUUCAAAUAAAGGUUCCAACAUUUCGUGAUGACUCUGAAAUUUUGAAUUGCGUUAGAUGAAAUUUUCUUUCAAAAUUUUUAAAUUUAGUUUUUAAAUUUCAUCAAAAUACUGAAGUAAAGAAUUCUUAUUUUUUGUCAUGAAAAUUUACAGGUAGGAACCUAAAGUUUAUGACAAACCCUAAAAUUUUAAUUUAAGAUUUAUUCAUUGGUUUUCUAUAAUACACCAAAAUUUAAACUUGAUCCCUGAACUUUGCAUUCAGAUUCUCUAAUUAUUUCCAUAUCGUCAAACUUUAAAAUAUUUGUAAUAUUUAAAGUUUUGUUUAAAUUUCUUUUAGAAACUCAUUACACUACAUUUUUCGAAAAAAAUUAUUGGUUAUUCGAUGAAACUAAAGCAUUUAUCUAGUUUAUCGGUUUAAUGAAAUUUUCAAUUUCAGACCAAUGAAUUUUUCACAAAAUUUUGAAAUUUAAAGAUUUUUACAUUUCAAAGGCAAUUUUCAUAUUUUACGAAAGAAUUAAAAAGAAAGAAAAUUUUGAAUAAAUUAAAUGAAUUUUAAUUUAUCUUUCAAAGGAUUCAAAAUUUGGAUUUAAUUAUUCCAACAAUGGGCCUAAUUCAGCGACCAAGAAAUCCUUGAAAUCUUUGAAUUUUGUACUGAAAUUUCAAGAUUUCAAGCGAAUUUCAAGGGUUUCUUGGUCGUUGAAUAAGGCCCAAUGUCUCUAUUUUCAUGCCCACCACUGUGAUUGAAGAUAAUUGUUUUCAGAUUGAAGCAGAAUUAUCUGAAUUUUUUCUUCAAUAAAAUGCAAAUUUCAUCAAGAAAAUAUCACAGAAAAAUCUGUUUCACUUUGAAAAUAUUCAACAACAAAAAUAUAUCAAAUCAAGUAAAAUAUAAAAGAAAUGAGGAUCAAAAAAUAUUUAAUUCCCAGCCAGUGAUCAAACUGGGGUUAUAAGUUAAAUAUAAAAAAAAGAAAACUCUUAAUUAAAUGAAAAGAUGGAUUUAAACAAUCAUUGUAAAUAGUUUGUAAUUCCCGUGCCAAAAGACAUAUUUUGUGUAUUUUUUCUUCUUUAGAUUUCUUUUUUUUUUAAUUAAAAGGAAAUAUCUUCGCAUAGGGUGUGCUUGUUUUUCAUGCAAAAAAAGAUUUUUUUUUAUUAAUGAAAUUAAAAAUGUAAAUAGAUUUUUGCACAGAAAAUAUUUUUCUCAAUUUUUCUGAGACACUUUAUAAUAUAUUUAUAAUUUAAAAAUGAAAGAAAGAAAAAAAAGGAAAUGAAACUGUGAGAAUUUUAUGAAUUAAAAUGAAAAAAAAAUGUGACGAAGCAAUUGAAUAACAAAGGAAAUUCACAAGAAAUGUGACUAAAAUUAAAAGAAUUAAAAAAAAUCAGGAUAUCAAAAUGUAUUUUAGUUUAGGAAUUAUUAUUUUUUAGUUAUUUUUUUGAUUGAAAAAUCAUUUAGCGAAAUGUAAAUUUUUUAGUUUUUAAAAUUCUUAAAACUCUGGGGGGAUAUUUUUCAAUGUGGUGAAGGUUGAUUCUUCUUUCUUCCUUCUCUCUCUUUAUUAGCCUGAAGUAUUUAAUCGUUGGUUAUGGGUAUUUUUUUGUUUUUUUUUUGUAUUAUUUUAUUAUAUUAGUUGUUUUGUUAGAAACACAGAAAUUCCAAAAUAGAGAAUCCCAUUUUGCCGAAAUGAUCGAUUUUCCUGUGAAAUUUGAUUUUCUAUUUUUGAAUUAGAAAAGAAAAACCAGCAUUAUGUAUUAUUUUUUUUUUAUUAUUCUGUAAGGUUUAGGCAUUUUUUUUUUCAAAGUGAUUUUGAAAUGGUUAUGCAGGCAAAAAGGCAAAGAGAUAAAAAUGAAUUGCAGUGAAAAUUUAAAAAAAAAUGAGUAUGAAGUUACAAUUUAAUAUCGUAAAAAAACAUGAAUAGUUUUAAGUAGCAGCUUAAAAUCUAUUAUACACAUAAAAUCCCUUCUAUGAUAGCAAAACUCCCUCUUAGAAAUGUUCUGCGUUCAAUUUUUUGAUUUUUUUCAUGGAAAAUAAUCUCCUCAAUCAGGAUGUGCUGAAUAUUUUAUUAGUUAAAAGAGUUCAUGAAAAAUAUAAAAAAGACAAGAUCAAUUAGAUUAAUCUGUUAAAAAAUAUCAAACAUUUGAAAAAAGAUACGUUAAAGUUAGAAAAUUAUUUAGGAAUGAAUUAGUUUUAUAAAAGCAUCGAUAAAUCGUUAAUUUUUCAAAACAAAUCAGAAAUUUUUGCGACUUAUCUCCGCAUAAUUUAUUGAAUUAAAUAGAAUUAUUGUUCUAAAUCAAUUAAAUUCCAUAAAAUGCCUCCAUAAAAAUAUAAAUAUUCAGCACUCCUUCCUACCCAGUCUGACAUGUAUUUAUAACAAGAUACUUUACGCUUUUUUAUGUUUUUCUUUUGAGGGAAAAUCUUUUGCAUUUUAUUUAUAGUUUAUUUAAAAACAAUAAUAAAAAAAAUUAAAAUCUCAGCAGAACAUUACAAAAAAAAAGCGUUAGAUUUUUUCUUCAAUUAGGCUGUGAUCAUAUUCGAAGAGAAUUUUGUUCAUUGGUAUAUAAAAAGAAAGAAAGGAGUUUGGAAAGUGAGAUGAUCUGGAAAAUUAGGUUAUGUUAGAUUCUAGCCUGGAUUCUGUUGAAAAUCUUUUCUUUACUUUUUUUUUUAUCUUAUCAGGAUAAAAAAAAUCAGGAAAGAAUUAUUUUUUAUGGUAUUCUGGACACAUGCUAUAAAAUUAAACCAAUGGUUCGUUAAUGUUCUUGAAAAUUAAUUAAUUUUGAAUUUUCAUAGUUAAGACACUGUGGUGAUGCACCCUGUGCAGAUUCGGUAUGAUUCGGUUCGGUAUGAUUCGGGAGAUGUCAGAUGAGAGAUGUCAUGUGUAAUGGUGAUAUCAGUGGAAUAAAUGUGUAAAAUAAAAGUGGUCUUUAAUUAAUCAGCACAGACACAUUUUUUGCAAUAAAAUAUUUCGAGUUUCUUUCAGAAAAAAUUCUUCAGGAAAAGAAACGUUAGAAUAAUGCACAAUAGGCCCACAUGGGCCGCAGUGCACAGGAGAUGAAAGUCUCCUAGCCCCAUUUAACGUAACGUAACGUUAGAAUAAUUUGUCAAUUCUACGAAGGUUCUUUAUUAAAUUGUUCAAGAGUUAACAAACCAGGAUUUUUUGGUAUGUGUCCAGAUAACCAUAAAAAUAUUGCUAUAAUGCAAAAAUAUGCAAGAACUUCAUUAAAUAACGACUUGUAAUUGCUAUAAAAUUAAUCAACAGCGCCCUCUUAUUUCCUUAAAAAAAAAACGUUUGGUGGUGAAUUUCAAAAGUUCAGCAUUUUAUAGCAUUUUCGGGGUGACCUUUAAAACAAAUUAAAAUUGAGAAGAAAAGAUUUUCAAGCAAAUUUGAGCUUUGUGUUUAUUCAAAUGAUUUACAAGUUGAUCAAAAAAAAUUAUGUUGCGCACGUGGCUGAGAUGAAAGUGUGUAGCAAUGUGGGGCAAGAGUUUCUAGGAGAUCAUCUCACGCUCUUUACUCCAAACUUGGGGCUCAUUUUUUGAUCAGAAAAUUCAUCUUUUUGUCAAGAAAAAUCUUCCAAAUGAUCCGGAGAAUGAAUUCAGUGUUUUAUAGCAAGAAAUGUGUCUUGUCUAUGAGGUCUAAAAAUGUACUAAUUUAUUAGACCUUUCAAAUUUUAGAAUUUCUUUUGCACAGAAUACCAAAAAUACAUAAUAUUAUGAAGAUUUUCUUAAAAGUAAUCAAAUGAAGAAUUUUCUUCUGAUCAAAUUGAAACAUUUCUCUUGGCGAAAAGAUUAAAUUUUCUGAUCAAAAAUGUUUUCCUUCCCAAAAUAUCCUCAAUUUGUAAAAUUGUAACGUUGUAAAUAGGAUAUAAGUUGACAUGAUGAUGAUGAUGUAAAGGAGAAAAUAAACAACCAAGAUUCCCUAAAAUA